AUGGUUGAACUAGCAGCCAGCCUGGUGGUUGGGCCGCUGGUGUCCCUGCUGAAGAAGGUGUCCAGCACUCUCCUGGACCAGUACAACGUGAUGGAGGGCAUGGAGAAGCAGCACGAGAUCCUCAAGCGCAAGCUGCCUGCCAUCCUCGACAUCAUGGCCGAUGCCGAGAAGCAGGCGUCUCGCCGAGGAGGAGUAAAGGCAUGGCUUGAGAAGCUCAAGACGGUGGCGUACGAGGCGAACGACGUCUUUGACGAGUUCGAGUACGAGGCACUCCGCCGUCGAGCCAAGAAGAAUGGGCACAUCACCAAGCUCGGCAUGGCUGGAGUAAAACUCUUCCCAACUCACAACCGUGUCGCAUUCCGUAGCAGGAUGGGAAACAAGCUUGGCAGCAUUGUUGAGGCCAUCAAGGUCCUUGUGGAGGAAAUGAAAGAUUUUGGAUUCGACAAGUUUCAGCUCGAGGCACCAGCAAGGAACAGGUGGCGUGAGAUGGAUUCCGUUAUCGUUGAUCCUGAAAACAUUGUUAGUAGAUCUAGAGAAAAGGAGAGGAAGAUAAUUAUUGAGAUAUUGCUCAACCAUCAAGCUAGCAGUGGUGAUCUCUUAGUUCUUCCCAUCGUUGGAAUGGGAGGAUUGGGCAAGACCACCCUCGCUCAACUCAUCUACAAUGACCCUCACGUCAAGGAGCAUUUCCAGCUACUAAAGUGGGUGUGUGUCUCAGAUGAUUUCAAUGUCUGUAAUCUUGCCAACAAGAUAUGUAAUGCUUCGUGCACAAUCCUGGAGCAGGCACUCAACAAGCUUCAGGAACAUCUUAGGGGAAAGAGGUAUCUUCUUGUAUUGGAUGACGUAUGGAAUAAGGAUGUUGACAAAUGGGGAAAGUUGAAGGCAUGUCUUAAUCAAGACGGUGUCGGUAGUGCCAUAUUGACGACGACUCGUGAUAAAGAAAUAGCUGAAUUCAUGGGUACAGUAGCUAACAACUCAUCAUGGAAAAAUAAAUACCAUGAUGUGGCAAUUUUGGACAUAGAAUUCAUACAUGAAAUUAUUGAAACAAGAGCUUUCGGUUUGCAGAAGACUAAGCCAGAGAAGCUAGUUAAGUUGGUUGGCCCGAUUGCAGAGAGAUGA